CAGCGCUAUCAAGAGGGCUCAGCGGGGAUGAGAAAGAAGUCCAGCCCACAAGACGUCAUCGCUGGGGUCCUCGGGAGUUGCCCGACGGUGUCUCCUGAAACGACGGCAGUCCGGCACCCAAGGACAGGGUGACGGUUCCUUCUGCUCCCCUCCCCUCCCUCCCCAAACGCACGUCGCUGAUCGUCUUGGCGGUUCUGGCGGUGUGGCGAGGUGUUUGGCGGGGGCAGCUGUGCUAUGAAUUGGUGUUUAUGGAUUGCCUCCUUCGCCCUGGUCUACAGCAGCUCCGCUGAGGCAGGUAACAGUGAGACGGAACCCCGCACCGUGAUUGGCCGGACGGGAGAGAGCGCCAUUUUGGGCUGUGACCUUCUCAAGCCAGACGAGGCGAGCCCCCCGCUCUACGUCAUCGAGUGGGUGCGUUUCGGCUUCCUCCUCCCCAUCUUCAUCAAAUUCGGCCUCUAUUCCCCACGGGUGGACCCGGAGUACGUAGGCCGCGUGCGGAUUCAGGAGGGCGCCUCUCUCCGCGUCGAGCAGCUGCGUGCCGAAGACCAGGGCUGGUACGAAUGCCGGGUCCUCUUCCUUGACCGUCCCAGCAGCGCGGAUGAGUUCAAGAACGGCACCUGGAUCCAUCUCACCGUCAAUUCUCCCCCUACCUUCCAGGAGACCCCGCCCGCGUUCAUAGAAGUGCAAAACCAAAAGCCUCUCACCCUCACCUGUUCAGCAGCCGGCAACCCCAAGCCGGAGGUCACCUGGAAGAGAGACAACCGAGCCCUCGAAAGGGGAGACAACGUCGAGGUGAAGAAUGGGACGCUCGUCUUUGCCAGCGUGGACCGGGCCAGCGCCGGGGCGUACACUUGCCACGCCACCAGUGAGGAGGGCACCGUCACCCACACAACCCGCCUGCUGGUCCAAGGGCCUCCGGUGAUUGUGGUGCCCCCACAGAACGUCACCGUCAACCUCACCCAAGAUGCCUUCUUGGCCUGCCAAGCCGAGGCCUACCCUGCCAACCUCACCUACAGCUGGUUCCAAGGGAACACCAACGUUUUUCACCUCAGCAACCUCCAGUCCCGAAUCCGCGUCUUGGUAGACGGGAGCCUCUUGGUCCAGAAAACAACCCCGCAGGAUUCGGGACGAUACACCUGCGUUCCCAGCAAUGGGCUAAGGAGAUCGCCUUCCGCCUCGGCCUUCCUCACAGUUCUGUAUCCGGCGCGAGUGAGCGACAUGCCGCCUGAGACCCUCCUGCCAAUAGGAAUGCAAGGCACCAUCGGCUGCCCCAACCAGGCCAACCCUCCGCUCCUCUUCGUCAACUGGACCAAAGAUGGGCAACCCCUGGAACUAGGCAAGUUCCCAGGUUGGUCCAUGCGUCCCGAUGGUGCCAUUGUCAUCGCUACCAGCAACGACGACGCCCUGGGUGUGUACGCUUGCACCCCGUACAACAGCUACGGCACUGCCGGCUCUUCGACCCCCACCCGCGUCCUCUUGAAGGAUCCCCCCGUUUUCACCCUGCGCCCCAAGGAGGAAUAUUUCCAGGAGGUGGGGCGGGAGCUGCUCAUCCCGUGCGCGGCCCGAGGUGACCCUUUGCCCGUCCUCUCCUGGACCAAGAUGGGAACCAAGGGGCUGGUAAAUGCCCAGGUGGACCAGAACAACAGCUUGGUCCUGCGCCCGCUGACCAAGGAGCAGCACGGCUUGUGGGAGUGCGCUGCCAACAACGGCGUGGCCCGGGUCAGCGCCGUGACCACGGUCUAUGUCCUGGGCACGAGCCCCCACACCGUGGCCAACGUCUCCGUGUUCCCUCUCCAGCAGGCAGCCAACAUCACCUGGGAGCCGGGCUUUGACGGGGGCUACCUCCAGAGGUUUAGCAUCUGGUACACGCCACUGUUAAAACGCCUCAACCGCCCACACCACGAUUGGGUCUCACUGCCGGUUCCCGCCGGCUCGUCCCACAUCCUCGUGGAAAACCUGCAACCGGCCACGGGCUACCAGUUCAGCAUCCUGGCCCAGAACAAACUGGGGAGUGGACCCUUCAGCGAGAUCGUCACCACUGUGCCACUAGGAUUCCCAACAAGCACCGUGCCACCUGACCCCCCAACUACCACCUCGCAGAUCUUUCUUUCCCCACCCCAAUCCCUGAUGGCCAACGAGACCACGCGAGGGGUUCUGCUACUGUGGGAACCUCCGUUCCAAUACACCGUGGCCCUGACUGGCUACGCCCUGGAGCUACGGCAAGACCAGGGAGGCUGGGAGGUGCUUGAUGGAUCCAUUCCUAGCUCUGAGACGCAGCUCCUGGUGCCUGGACUCAUCAAGGACGCCUUCUAUGAGUUCCGCCUGGUGGCCUUUGCUGGUAGCUACAUCAGUGAUCCCAGCAACACAGUCAACGUUUCUACAACAGGCAUGGAGGUGUAUCCAUCCCGUACCCAGCUCCCGGAGCUCCUACCCCAGCCUGUGCUGGCCGGUGUGAUCGGGGGCGUCUGCUUUCUCAGCACGGCUGUCAUCUUCAGCACCAUGGCGGCUUGCAUCAUGAACCGCAGGCGAGCGGCCCGUCUCCGCAAACGCCGGCAAGAGCCACCGUUCAUCUCCUCCCCCAACAAGAAGCUUCUGCCUUCACAAAAUUCUACAGGCUCUACUAGCCCAGACAGCAUUGUGAAGCUGAAAUUCCAGACCUCCCCGUACCAGAGCCUCCGGCGCACCCUGCUGUGGGGGGAGAAGGCCGGCGCCAGCCUAGGCCUCAACGUCGCCGGCGCCAAGAACCGUUCCAAAUACACCCUCUACGAGAGCCACGUUGGGGAGCCUCUGCCCCUGGAGCGCAUCCGCCGUGGGCCCGACGGGCGUUUUGUGGUGCAAAGCGAGACGCGGCCUCGGGAACGCUUGGCGGCCAUGACGGGACGCUACUCCCCUUCCUCGGAGAGCAGCACGUACCAGCCGGAGCCUUACCUGCAGGUCUACUCUCCUGCCGCGCCCGAAGAGCCCAUUUGGCAGAAAAGCGUCCACUUGAGGCCCAAGCAUUCGGGCCAGGCUCGCCGCCAAGCCAAGUCCUCUGGCUACUGCCAAGGCCGCUACUUCGACUACAGCAGCAGCAGCCCCACCGAGGAAGCCCAGCCCUUGUGCAUUGUGAAUAUCAGCCCGGUAGCCACCAUGCCGUACGGGGCAACCGCACAGCACUCCCGGACUUCCCAGGGCUCCGAGGGGUGUCCGGACGUCGCGGCCGCUGCCUCCUCUUCCUCCUCCUCGCCAAGCCGGCCGAGUAGCCCUUCCUCGCCGACGUUCUGUGGGCCUCAGAGCGGCCAUGUGGUCAACGCAAAUACCUCAGCCCAAAGCGGGAUUCUCCAAUACUUGAGCCUGCCCUUCUUCAAAGAGAUGAAUGUGGAUGGGGACUGGCCACCGGAGGAGGAGGAGGAGGAGGAGGAGGAGGAAGAAGAAGAAGAGAAGCACCCUUUCAUGUCAGCCUUUCACGAAACUCCAGGCAGUUCAGACAUCACCGUCCUAGGAGACACGGACAGAACCGUUUGUCCAGCCUACAUGGACUUGCAAGCGAAUCCAGACCCUCAGGAAAAGGCCUCAGCCAAGGCUCUCCUCAGGCUCCCCGACGCCAACACAGGCCCCGCUAAGGCCGCCUUGCCGGGCACCUCAGUUUGCCCGGGUUACCUCAGCUCUGCUCUGGACACCCCCCUACCCAAAGAGCCAGGGCCUCGGUUGCAGACGCUGUCGCCCACCCAUCCCAUUGCAAACAGUGGCCAGACGGAGCCAGGGUUGACGGCCGUCCCCUCAGAACACGAUUGGCUCCACGCGACAGACCUGCCCCCAGACUCUCUGCCCCUCGAGAGACCCAAAUUGCCCCCCGCCAUUUCCCCGCAAGGCCCGCCCACUGAGAAACUGUUGAGGGGCAGCCUGACCAGCCAGAGUAGCGGCCGAGGCAGCGUGUCCUUCCUGAGGCCCCCCUCACUGGCGCCAUCGCUGGCGGGCAGCUACCUCAGUUCCCCCUUCGGAGAAACGACCGGUUGGCAAAGCAGCUGCACGGGAGAAGAAGGCAAGGCCCAAAGAGAGCCUUCGGUGAUCGCCAUCAGUAAAAGGAGGAACACGUCCGUGGAUGAGAACUACGAAUGGGACUCGGAGUUCGCCCUGGAGUCGGACCUGCUGGACGCCCUGCAGCUGUAUCGGAGCGGGAACCCCAAAAGACCAGUCUCCACUAUCGAGGCGCACGAGUUAGAGAAGCAGAGUUCAAAGGCCUCCAGCGAAAGCAGUGGAUCGCCCUCGAAUACCCAGUCGGUGGGUGCCUUGGACAACUCCACCUCCCCGGUGCCGGUGCCUAGCCCUGAGGAGCGCUGUGCGGCGCUGCGUGAAGAAUUCCUGGCAUACCGCCGUCGCCGAGAGGCCAUCCACCAACGGCGCCAGAAACUGGGCUCCGGCAAGAAGCAGAGCGAGGAGCGGUUUGAACAGGCGACCUUGCUGUGAGGGCUCUGCCCCCAAGUAUCCAAUCCGGCCAUGUUUUUCCUGCCGUGACAGGACAGGAUAUACUGUCUCCGCCACUGCAAAGGAGGGACAGCUUCGGCGGACAUUUUGGCCCCGGGGAAUGGUGCCCUCUAGCGUUUACCUGAGGAUCUGCACCUUGCGCAGAGCAUCCGAUGGUUUCAAAGGCACUGAUGGGGGUGGAGCCUCAGCGAGGCUUCCAGAGGGAGGGGGCAGGAUGAAGAGAGAGCCCCCCUGCCAGCCUCUUAUCCUGAUGGGAGGGGGGAAUUGUUAAAACUACUGCUUUCUUUUCAGCCUGAUGCUGGAUUUAGGGUGGUUGGGGUGUCUGGGUGCUGUUUUUGUAAAAUGGGCCUUUGGGAAGGGGGGAAAAAAGAAGAAGAAAUUAUACCAAGUUUG